UCUUUUCCUCCCUCUCAGAAUCUUCCUGCCGCGGCGUUCGGACCUCGCUGCUCCAGCCUCCGGGGCACGUCCCAGCUUUCCAGCCGGCGACUAACAGCAGCAAAGCAAAAAAAAAAAAGAAAGAAUAUAUACUAAUUUUUUUUCUUGCCCCGUACAUAUCUUGAGGCGAGCACAAAGUUUUAAGUAAAUUUUAAUCAUGAGGGAAAUCGUGCACAUCCAGGCCGGUCAGUGUGGCAACCAGAUCGGUGCUAAGUUCUGGGAGGUGAUCAGUGAUGAGCAUGGCAUCGAUCCUACCGGCACCUAUCACGGGGACAGCGACCUGCAGCUGGACCGCAUUUCUGUGUAUUACAAUGAAGCCACAGGUGGCAAAUAUGUUCCUCGUGCUAUCUUGGUGGAUCUAGAACCUGGGACCAUGGACUCUGUUCGCUCAGGUCCUUUUGGUCAAAUCUUCAGACCAGACAACUUUGUUUUUGGUCAGUCUGGGGCAGGCAACAACUGGGCCAAAGGCCACUAUACUGAAGGAGCUGAGCUGGUCGACUCUGUCCUGGAUGUGGUACGAAAGGAAGCAGAGAGCUGUGACUGCCUCCAGGGCUUCCAGCUGACCCACUCACUGGGUGGGGGCACAGGCUCUGGAAUGGGCACCCUACUUAUCAGCAAGAUCAGAGAAGAGUACCCUGACAGAAUCAUGAAUACCUUCAGUGUGGUUCCCUCACCUAAAGUGUCUGACACUGUAGUUGAGCCCUACAAUGCCACCCUCUCUGUUCAUCAGUUAGUAGAGAACACUGAUGAAACCUACUGUAUUGACAACGAGGCCCUUUAUGAUAUCUGCUUCCGCACCCUCAAGCUGACCACUCCAACCUACGGAGACCUGAACCACCUCGUCUCAGCCACCAUGAGCGGUGUCACCACCUGCCUCCGCUUCCCUGGCCAGCUCAAUGCUGACCUCCGCAAGCUGGCAGUCAACAUGGUGCCCUUCCCUCGUCUCCACUUCUUCAUGCCUGGCUUUGCCCCCCUCACCAGCCGUGGAAGCCAGCAAUAUCGGGCUCUCACUGUGCCCGAACUCACCCAGCAGGUCUUUGAUGCCAAGAAUAUGAUGGCUGCCUGUGAUCCUCGCCAUGGUCGCUACCUCACUGUGGCUGCUGUCUUCCGUGGGCGGAUGUCCAUGAAGGAGGUAGAUGAGCAGAUGCUUAACGUGCAGAAUAAGAAUAGCAGCUACUUCGUGGAAUGGAUCCCCAACAACGUCAAGACAGCUGUCUGUGACAUCCCACCCCGUGGCCUCAAGAUGGCAGUCACCUUCAUCGGCAAUAGCACAGCUAUCCAGGAGCUCUUCAAGCGCAUCUCAGAGCAGUUCACUGCCAUGUUCCGCAGGAAGGCCUUCCUCCACUGGUACACAGGUGAGGGCAUGGACGAGAUGGAGUUCACUGAGGCUGAGAGCAACAUGAACGACCUCGUCUCUGAGUACCAGCAGUACCAAGAUGCUACCGCAGAAGAGGAGGAAGAUUUCGGUGAGGAGGCUGAAGAGGAGGCCUAAGCAGAGCCCAGUCACCUCAGUUCCCUCGGCCUUCUCAAUUGCCCCUUUCUCUCCCUCAGAAUUUGCUUUUUCUGCCCCCCCUUUUUUUUGUGGUGGGGGUGAGGGAUUCUAAACAGGCGCUCAAUAAAUAUUUGUUUGUUGAA